AGGUGCAUGACCACUUUGAUCAGUCAUGCUUGGAUUUAUCGACUGUGGUCUUCUGGCCAAAGAAAUCAUGAUGCUUUUCCCUGAGGAAAACAACAUUACGCCUGAUAUUAACAGUGCAAUCAAGUCGCUUUCUCUUAUCGUCCUUGGGAGUGAUUCCAACCCUUCCAUGGCCAGUCAAAAGAACUUUAGUAAAUCUCUACGCAACAUAGUGGAGCAGCUAUUUAAACUUCAGAAUGGGGAGCAAGACUUCGAAGUGAACGAGGAGAGUCUAGUAAAGGUGGAGGAUUUGGCUCAGCAAGCUGUUAAGUGGAGAGUUAACUUCAACGCCACACAUCAGUUCUCAGCAUCUGAUAUUGAACCAUUACAACCAGAGAAAAAGAAGAAAAAGCUAGACCCUGAGAACGAAAAUGCUGACAAACCCGCUGGAAAAUCAACUGAUAGUCGUCAGAAGAGAAAGACUUUCCGGCAGCCUAAGUCCACUAGAGGAAAUCUCAACAAAAUAAAAUCGAAACCAAAAGUCGUGCUACAGUCUGCAAAACCCAAUUUGAACAUUGACCCGAAAGUUCAAGAGUCUAGAAGAAUCUCCCGAUCUACAUCCAAUAACGUAUCAGCUGAUCUAUCUGUCUCUACUUUUGUUCCAAAGGGGGAAGCUAAGGAAAUAAAUACAAACAACAAAGAACUAGACAAAUCUCAGAUCAGAGUGAUUGGUUCUAGUACCGUUGUGUCAACAGGGGUCACUCAGCAUAUACACAAUAAUGGUGAUGCCUUAGUUAAGAUGAAGUCUGACUUAUCUCCUUUAAGUAUAGAUCAAGAUGGAAGCUCCCUGGUUGGAAUCACCGACAAAAAGAUUGCGGAGAAUGUUAUGAUAGAAGGCUUUCCCAAAGCUGAAGCCUCUGACGAUAAAGAUAAAUGUACUCCUUGCUCGAUAGAAAUAGCAAAAGCUCUUAGAAAUAAGAUCAAAACUGCUACUAACUUUUUAGAAACAGAUCAACAGAACGUCCAUCAUCCGCCUAAAGAUGACAAUGAAUUAAAGUCACCUCAGACAGCUUCACUGAGUUUAAAAGUUGACUCCAUUGACACAGAAUUAAGCGAGAUUCAGGCUAUUUCUACUUCUGAAGUUCCUGCAUAUGAUAUCUUAGAAACUCAGGACACCGCGCUUGUUGCUGAUUCAUCGACGUCUACAAUUUUAGCGAAAAGCCAAGAGGACCAAGAUAUAAAGGCUAGUGAUUGUCGCACCACUACGAAAGAGGACUGUCCUAUCGAAUCUGAUGUCUUAUCCGUUGAGGGCGAUGUAAUUACUGAGAAAACGAAGCCUGAUCCCCUAAUUGUUAUGGACCACUCCGGUGAAGUUGUCCCCGCUCGGAAGCGUCCAGUUAAAAAAUCUGAGCUAAAACAUAUUCAGCAAUUCAACGUCUUGAUGUCCUCUUUCGAAGGUGCUUAUAUGAAGCCUCGAAGAGCUGCAGUUGAGGCUAAGCUUAGAAUGGAAAACUCGUCGAAUCGGAUUUCGAGACGUAGUCUUACUGUGAAAACUGAACAGAAACUUGCAUCUCAAGUGCCGUCAGAUCAAGUUGAAUCAGGAACUUUACCUUCAUCAGCUGAUGUGGGAACUGCUUCUCCAGAUCAGGUUGGGUCAGACACAACUCUUGGCGGAGACCUUACUACCAAAAUAGAAAGUGUUAAGGUGGAAUGUGCGAUGGAAGUAUGUCCGUAUCCAUCUCAAACUGAUAUUGUUUCGUUGCCAAAUCCGGAUCAUGCUAAUAUUGAUCAGGGACCUCCCUCAGCUGACUUAAAAGUCGAUCCAGCAUCUCCUCGCACAAAUACUGAAGCUCAGGCAACUCCCGUUACUGAUGAAGGAAAUGCUCUUUUCACCCAAUCUAUAACUCCUAUGAAAGAUGAUCAUGAACUCACUUCAACACAAGUCGAACCCACAUCAUUGCUGGAGAAAGUUGAUGGCGUAACUAAUAUAUCGUCAUUUCAAGUACAAACUAAUCCAUUGCAGUCUGAUCUUGUGACUGAAGAAACUACACUCAUUACUAAAUCGUCAGAUGAUGUUAAAGCUGUUACGGAGCCUACUCCAUGUAAAAUUGAAACUCUUCCACUGCCUCACGCAAAUAAUGUUCUAGCGGAGUUAUCCCUGGUAGUAGCGAACAAAGUAGAGACGACUUCUGAAAGAAAAGAUGAAGUAGAUAAUAGUAUGGUUAACUCUGUUUUGGACUCAGCUUCUGAUCAAAAUGAAGUGAUCCCAAAGGUCAAGAGUAAGAGGCAACGAAGACCAUCUAAAAAGAUGCAAGACAGCCUGGACUCCGCUUAUGUGGAAGUCCCGGUGAGGCGAUCGAGGAGAAAAUCUGUUAACUCUGCAGGCAAUAAGUUGAUCGAAAACGACUCUAUGAAUAAAUCUAUGCCCGAGAAAAGCGACAAUGACACCUGGUUGAAUAUUGAAGAAGUUGAAAAUUUCUUUACUAAACUUUCUGUUACUCCUCCAAAAACAGAAACCUGUAAGAAAUCCCCGAAAAAGUUUACUGUAAUAAAGAAGCCUACUGAUACGUUAAAAGCUUCUAAGUGCACUGUUCGAGCAAAGAAGGGUGUCAUAAAAGAGGUAAAGCAAGCCGAAUAUUUAUUAUCUAAAGCUCAUGAGGACGACAAAAAGGAGGAGGUGAAACCAGAGGUGAAGGAGGUGAAGCCAACAGUGGUCCUGGAGGCCUGUGAGCCUCAUGACAGUAUGGACGAGGAAAUUGAAGUGGGCGAGAGUUUACGGAAUACUGAUCCUUUACCGGGUAAAGAUGAAAAGACUGGAAGUGCUGCUAAUUCAGGAGUGAGCCGUGAGCCGUACCAAGAUCAUCAGUGUGGGUUUACUGAAGAAUCAACCACAGAUUCAGCAUCCGAAAGAAAUUACCCAGAUUUUGUGUUAAAUUGUCCAAAGAAGACAGCCAAGAAGUCCGUUAAAAAGCUUACAGUAAAACCUACUAUUCCAGCUAAUGUUCAACUUAAGUCGAACCCUACUCCCAAAACAGUCUCACCAAGAAUCAGUCAUGCACUGAGCAAGACUUCAUUGUUAAAACCCGGGACGAUACUUAUCAUCCCCGGUCCUACAGCCCCCUCCUCAAACUCUAAGCAACCUAAUACAAAGUUCGACUUAUCUAAGAUAAACCAGUUCUUGAGAUCCACAAACUUCAGCCAGUUGAACCAGUCCCUCUGUGCUAACCAGGCCUCGUCUGUCACCACGUCCUCUCAGAAAGGGCCCAGAUUCCUUCUGCCUAAUACAGGAUCUAGAAAUUCACCUGUUAUGAAAUGUAACUUCUCUCAACCUAUGACCAUGAACUCUCCUCCACGGACUAUCUCCAACCAGCACACUUCCUUCCCUGUUGCUAAUCGUGUCACUUCGUCGAUAAGGAACGAUGUCACCCAAAUGAGAACUCCUCCACCACGACAAAACACUCCAAUAUAUCACCCAGUUCCUGUGUCACUUAGUUCAGUUCCUGUGUCACUUAGUUCAGUUCCUGUCGACCCCUUCACAUUUGACCCACCUACCCAACAUUCUGCUAGCAAGAAGGUGACCGUUCCUGGAGAAGCCGGAACACGUUCAGGUACAUCAGUCGAGGGCCGUCAAACUUACUCCAAUUUAGCACAACAGAUUUUGAAGGAUUUGGCUGCCAUGGCUCUGAAGACAGGGAACAAAGAAAACCUGUCCGGAAAGAAGUGAGAAACUUGAGUGAAAUUAAAUUGUUUUUAACGUUUGUUAUCUUAUUUUAGACGAGGAUAUUGUACUUGAAUUCGACACUUUUAUGUUACUGCUAAUUUUAAAAUGUUUUUAAUCAAUCAGUGAUUUACACAAUUCGCCCUGAACGAACAGUUCGAUAAGCUAAUUGUUUGAUAGAUUUUAUUGUGAUGAGAAUGGGUUGCAUUUCAAUCCCGAACUAACCAUUGGGAGUGGUGAUUUUUUAUAGUAUUUUAAACGUUUUUAUACUCAUAUUAACUCUUCAUCAAAUUUUGAAAUAAAAUUUAUCCAGAUACACUUAAUAUCAUUUUACCACAUUUCCUUACA